CUCUUCGCUGAUUAAACUCUUUGGCUCGGAAUGAACUCUAUGGGCGAUUCGUGAUCUUGGCUCGUAUGCUAUGCUCGCUGAACUUUUCUUCUACCUCUAGAUAACAUCUCUUCCCGGACUCUCUUGUGUUGGAUCAAAGGGACUUCUGUUCCUGUUGUCUGCUAGAUUGUGUUUGAAAGAAUGCAAUCCAUCAAAUGCGUUGUUGUAGGUGACGGAGCGGUUGGUAAGACAUGUCUUCUCAUCAGCUACACCACAAAUGCUUUUCCUGGCGAAUACAUUCCCACUGUCUUUGACAAUUACUCUGCUAAUGUGAUGGUGGAUGGUAAGCCUGUCAACCUAGGAUUAUGGGAUACUGCUGGACAGGAAGACUACGAUAGGUUACGACCUUUGUCUUACCCCCAAACAGAUGUAUUUUUGAUCUGUUUUUCUGUGGUGAGUCCAGUAUCAUAUGAGAACGUCAGAGCGAAGUGGGCACCAGAAGUGAGACACCACUGUCCAAGCACUCCAAUCAUCCUAGUAGGAACUAAACUAGAUUUGAGAGAUGAUCCAGAUACCAUCAAUAAACUCAAAGAAAGGAACCAAUAUCCAAUCAGAUAUCAGCAGGGAAUACAGAUGCAUAAAGAAAUCAAUGCUGUGAAGUACUUGGAAUGUUCAGCAUUAACUCAGAAAGGACUUAAGAUGGUGUUUGAGGAGGCUAUUAGAGUCUUCCUCUAUCCUCCCAAAGUUCCUAAGAAGCGCAGACAUCAAUGCACAGUUUUAUGAGUUUCUAUAAAUCAGGUAGACUCAGUAUCUAAGUAUGAGGAGGAAGGUAACUUGAAUGUACAUGUAAGUGGAUUCCUCAUACUAAAACUCAUUCAAAUGCUGUAUAGAAAGAUAUGUACUAUGUUAGCUUACUGAGAAGUGCAGAAUUAGGAUAUAGCUCUCUCUCAAAAAAAAGAAGAAGAAAAGAUUUCAACAUUAGACAAGAUAAAAAGAAGUAUGAUAUUUGGGGCACCAAAAAACCAAACAAACAGUAAAAGUGUCGAAAAUCAGAUGUUGUUUAUUUGUUUUAUCUUUGCCCUCCAUCUUGUUUAUUUUUAGUAUUGUAUUAUUAUUUUUGGUGUACACAAAGUUUGAAAAUUCCAAAAGUAAACCAAAAAAGAAAUAAACAAAACUGUUCAGGGAUAUCAAAGUGAUGAACCAUCGAAAGGUAGUAUGACCUAGGUAAUCCUGAACACUGUAUGUAACUCAUACAUUAUUAAUUAAACCUAGACUGCUCCUCAAUAUCAUUGCUUCAAAGUUAUUCUUUUACCAAUACCUGAAAUAAAAAUUAAGUACAAAGUAGGGGCACAUACUGUGUUUACAUAAUUACAGGGAAAUUCUUGGCCAGUUCUAAUGAUGAAAUACAUUUAUUAUAAAAAUUAUAGGCCAGUUCAACCUGUAUCUACAAUACAUACUGUAUAUUUUAUCUGAAUAUAGUUUGAACAUUUUUGUUGUUUCAUUUGUAAAGAAGAAAUAAGACAAUUUUUCAAUGUUUUUAAUCAAAGGAUUUCACUCCAACUCGACUAGUAUAGCAGUAACAACAUUAAUGAUUUGGUUAUUUGGAUGAAAUGAUACAGGUCAUAUGAUUGAGAGGUGUUUUGAGGGGUGAUUCAGUGACAAUUGCUUCACGCUUUUGUCAUGAAAUGUAAAGGGUUAGGUUUGUCAUUAGGCAGAGGACAGGUAUAGUGUUUGAUCCUCGCUACAAGUUACAAAUUUGGUUAAGGCGGACUAUGGAGCAUGAAAUAUAGUAACUGGUUGAAAUCUAUAAUAUAAUUGAAAGGAAGAAACGCUAUAAAGUAUUCUGCUAGAAAGCAAGGAAGAUGUGACAUGUUUGCCUGACUGAGAUAGGUAUUAGUUGAACUCAUUGGAUUCAAUAGUCAUGAGUUGAUAGGUAACAAGUGGCAUAUUCUAGAUCAAGGAAUGUACCUAGAAUGUAUUCUGAUUGAUGUAUUCAUUUUUUUUGACGAAAUGGUUUCUUUUUUGGUGAUGAUUCAUUCAAAAUAAUUUUGUUGAUGUAUUUGUAGUUUAUUUCUAGACUUUUAUUCCGCUUUGUGACUGGAAAAUUUUGUACUUUGCGACAUUUUGCGAUAAACAUGUAUGUUAUAUGUCUUUAACUCCUGAAUGCUUUCAUUUUCUACUUCUUCUUCUUCUUCUUUUUCUUCUUUUUCUUCAUCAUCAUCAUCAUCAUCAUCGUCA